CAGAAGAAGCGCGCGCGCCUGGGAGUGCUUGGGGUCCGGCGCUUGCGGUGGCUGCCAGGAGUGGGAGAGCGAGAAAUCAAGCGAGUGAGAGAGAGAGAGAGAGAGAGAGCGCGGGUCCCGGGCCGCUGCCGCCUCCUCUCCGGUCGCCGCCGCAGCCGCCGACGCAGCAGGGAACGGGGCCGGGGGGGAGGGGGGCAGCCGCGGACGCGCGCGGCCAAGGACUUUGCAACUUGCCGGAGAAGGUGGAGGGGCGGGAGGGGGAGGGGCGCCCGCGCAGGAGACCGAGCGCCCAGCCCCGCCGCGGACCAUGGUGCAGCAGGCCGAGAGCUCGGAAGCCGAGAGCAACCUGCCCCGGGACGCGCUGGACACCGAGGAGGGCGAGUUCAUGGCGUGCAGCCCGGUGGCCCUGGACGAGAGCGACCCGGACUGGUGCAAGACGGCGUCGGGCCACAUCAAACGGCCCAUGAACGCCUUCAUGGUGUGGUCCAAGAUCGAGCGCAGGAAGAUCAUGGAGCAGUCGCCCGACAUGCACAACGCCGAGAUCUCCAAGAGGCUGGGCAAGCGCUGGAAGAUGCUGAAGGACAGCGAGAAGAUCCCGUUCAUCCGGGAGGCGGAGCGCCUGCGCCUCAAGCACAUGGCUGAUUAUCCCGACUACAAGUACCGGCCGCGCAAAAAGCCCAAGACGGACCCAGCGGCCAAGCCCAGCUCCGGCCAGAGCCCCGACAAGAGUGCGGCGGGCGCCAAAGCAGCCAAGGGCCCGGGCAAGAAGUGCGCCAAGCUCAAGGCGCCGGCGGGCAAGGCGGGCGCGGGCAAAGCGGCGCAGCCCGGGGACUGCGGCGCGGGCAAGGCGGCCAAGUGCGUCUUCCUGGACGACGAUGAUGAAGAAGACGACGAGGAUGACGAGCUGCAGCUACGGCCCAAGCCGGACGCUGACGACGACGACGACGAGCCCGCGCACUCGCACCUGCUGCCGCCGCCGGCGCAGCAGCAGCCCCCUCAGCUGCUGAGGCGCUACAGCGUGGCCAAGGUACCCGCCAGCCCCACGCUCAGCAGUGCCGCCGAGUCCCCCGAGGGCGCGAGCCUGUACGACGAAGUGCGCGCGGGCGGCCGGCUCUACUACAGCUUCAAGAACAUCACCAAGCAGCAGCCUCCGCCCGCGCCUCCCACGCUGUCGCCCGCGUCCUCGCGCUGCGUGUCCACCUCCUCAUCCAGCGGCAGCAGCAGUGGCAGCGGCGCCGAGGAUGCCGACGACCUCAUGUUCGACCUGAGCUUGAAUUUCUCCCAGGGCGCGCACAGCGCCUGCGAGCAGCCACUGGGCGCGGGAGCGGCGGGGAACCUGUCCCUGUCGCUGGUGGAUAAGGACCUGGAUUCCUUCAGCGAAGGCAGCCUGGGCUCCCACUUCGAGUUCCCCGACUACUGCACGCCGGAGCUGAGCGAGAUGAUCGCGGGGGACUGGCUGGAGGCGAACUUCUCCGACCUGGUGUUCACGUAUUGAGGGGCGCAGGGCUCCUCGGGAGGCAGUCGUGGCGGUCAGGAUAAAGAGGAUGGUGGGGGGGAGGGGGAGAAGAUGCUCAUGGUCAGAGAUGUGGCGCAGAGAAAUUGGAAACGGUGAUGAAAUGUUGUUGGAGUUAAAGUGAAAUGAGUAGUUUUAAACAGAUUUUCCAGGUUUUUUUUUAAUUUUUUAAUUUUUAAAAAUUUUUUGGUCUCCCCACUCUUCCCUUCCUUUAUCGUGUCUCAAGGUAGUUGCACACCUAGUCUGGAGUUGUGAUUUUCCCCACCCGUAAAAAAAAAACGUGUUUUGUAAUUUCUAUUUCUUUUUCCUGAAAUUCGUGAUUGCAACAAAGGCGGAGGGGACCGGGCGGGGGAGGGGAGGAGGCCCCGCUCCGGAAGGCGCUGUUUGAAGCUUGUGGUUCUUUGAAGUCUGAAAGACAUCGGCAGAGGACCCUUUAGACGGCACAACUGUUACUCUAGGGAGUUGAUAUUGUUUUUUUCUUAAGAGAUUUAAAAAGGAACUGGUGAUUUAAA